CACAUCCUUAAUUACCUGUAAAUUUCAAUGGAGAUGCAAAGCAAACCUGGUCCAAAUGGAACUCCAGGCACAUUCCCUAGCCCGAGCCCGGGCUUCGCGAGGCCCUCGCUGCCUUCGAGCGCAGAUCGAAUACUAGGCAUUAUUGUUCGUGGUAUUGCUGUUGUUCUAAUCUUGGUUGCCACCAUUCUGAUGGGUGCUGCUAAGCAAUCUAAGACGGUUGUUACAUCUACUGACGAUUAUACUAAUACGGUGUAUACUGAUACUGUGACGAUCAAGUCGACGUAUUCUCCUGCCUAUGUAUACUUCAUAGCGGCCAAUGCCUUGUCAUUCUUCUUCUCUACUGUAUCCUUUGCCCUAACAAUCAUAAACCGUUCCAGCUUCGCAAACCUGCCAUUGCUCUAUAUCAUCGAUCAGGUAACUGUCGUUCUCCUCUUUACAUCCAAUGGUGCAGCUGCAGCGAUAACAAUGGCGCUCAAGAAGGGAAAUGACGAGUUCGGGUGGGCCAAAAUCUGCAGCUUGGCUGGAAAAUUCUGCAGUGAGGUCACGGCAGCCAUUGUUCUUUCGAUGUUCGCUGCUCUGGCUUAUGUGCUGUUGCUCUUGCUGUCUAUUAUUGCGUUGCACAAGAGAUCGUAGCGGAUCGAGAUAUUGGUUGUGUAGGUUCUCGUGUUUGUCGUUUGUUUGUGCAGUUAGAUUUGGCCGCAAAUGUGUUACUUGGUUUUCCUGCAGGUCUCAGAUUACAGUUUGUGUUAUGUUUACGUCCAA